AUGCCUGCGGUCGGAGUAGUCUUGUGCAACCUCAUUGAAGGCAUAAACGUCGUACUCUUCGCCAUCGUAGUCAACGCGCUCCUCGCACGGCGAAACACCACGAGCGCAAAGUGGCUCAUCGGAGUGAGUACGCUCCAGCUGGCAAUCUCUGCCGGUCAUGUCGGCACCUUGCUAGCGCGAACAAUCGGCGCCUUCGUUUAUAUGGACGGCGUGGUACGAGAGGCAUACCUGGCAGACGAGCGCACGCCUCUGCAUACGGCCGAACAGGCGUUAUACACAUUCAACGACAUCAUCGCUGGCGGUAUCUUGACUUGGCGAUGUUACGUGGUAUGCAACUACGAUUGGCGAGCAUGCGUCUUCCUGGUCCCUUCGUGUAUCGGCACAGCAGUUGCUGGCGUCGGCAGUGUCAUCAAGCUUACAACACUUCCUACCGAUCAAGUCAUGUUCUUCGAGAGCUCGCUUAAGGCUUGGCUCACGGCAUUCUGGAUCCUCUCCGUCGUAACGCAAACAUUCGCAACCGGACUUAUAGCAUGGCGGAUCUGGUCUACUAUAUCAUGGCGCGCACAAGCGGUCGGUAGCCGCGAAUGGCAUGCUCUGCUCGUGUUCGUCGAGUCGGGCGCUCUAUAUAGUAUAGGGACCGUCCUGGUGUUGGCUUUCUAUCUGCGCGGAUCAGAGAUCGGGACGAUCGUAGCUGGGAUGCUCGGACAGCUGAGCGCGACAGCACCGUAUCUCAUCAUCGUGCGUAGCGAAGCGCGUCGUGCGGCAAACCGAGCCAGUGCCAUACGAUCAGGCACGGAGUAUGCUAUGAGGGAUCUACCCAUGACACCAGGACAGGCGCACUUCUGGAAGAGGUCGACGGCGUCGCUGGGAGGCUAUUCAUUCGACGCAGGGGCUGCCAAUGAGAAGUAG